AUGGCGGCGCAGCUGCAUGACUCAUCUCGCCCCGUCUGUUUCCUUCUGCGCCUUCCCCCGUCCGUUCGACGCCGCAUUUACCUACACCUUGGCGUCACGCGUUGGGAUGGCUUGCCGAUGCUGUUCGACUUGGACGGUCCCGUCAAGCGAACUUGGCAGGUCUCAUUUCGAGGCUUGUUGUUGUCCUGCCGCCUCAUCUACGGCGAGGCAUCAGGCCUAUUGUUUUCUUCCAACCGAUUCGUCAUCCACUACAGACACGUACGGGGGAAUGGAUACGACGUCGAACCGUCGCUUCAGUCACUGCGGAACCUCACAACUACGUCGCUCGCCUCAUUGGCCAAUCUCAAGAUUGUGCUGAACCAAACCUCUUGUCAUCAGCGAAACGAAAAAGAGGCGAGCGGCAAGUGCUGCGACGACAUACGGCACAAUGGCACCCGCGGUACAGAUUACUGCCGGCAGCAUCACACAUCCCACCACGACCGGCCGCUUCGAAGUUCCCAUUCUGAAGCCGGGCCGAUGCUAGAUGAAUGGUUUCGAACAGCGAAUUACUUAUCUUCGAGGAUCAGCCCUGGUACCCUUCGGUUUUCCUUGCACUUCAAGCCUGCCGUCAGCCUGAACCCCUUCCUCGAGAGCUACGGCUUCGGAUCCUGGAAUAUACCGACCUUAUCACCCCUUGGAAGGAAGUUCUGUGGAGAAGAGGAUCGCGCGGGUACCGACCCCCCGCCGAAGACUGUUACCCAAAGGACAGCAUCGCAUGCCGCUCUAGCUCUUCGUGGCACCACGGAUGCCAAUUCCAGGGGUGCUACCACCAGAAACGUGCUCCGAAACGCACCACCCCCGGAUGCCUACGCGGCCGACGGUUUUGCAGCAAGCCACUUUUUGAGGGAGAUAGUCCCCGCCAACUGUCUGGGCCACCUCCGCUUUCUCGAGCUGAUCUUCCCCCCUUACAACCAUCUGUGCUGGCCCCAUGACGGCCAUCCGGUUCUCCAAGACUGGAUUGCCACCGUCGAGUGGAUGAAAACAGCGCUCAAUACUCCCGGCCUCGCAUUGUGGAUGACUAUGGCGGGCACGGUAUCACGCAGCCCGAAUCGCCCUGAACAUCGUACAGAACUUUCCCAGGCGCAGGGGGACGCAGUGCUCGCCGGAUACGACCGUAUUCUGCAACCGCUGGCUUGUCUUGGAGGUGAGCUCGGCCAGUUCUAUGCCGAUUUUGCAUGGCCCUGGAAAUGGACUAGAUGGUCGCUUGAUAUGCUACAAGCCCUGAGUCUUGAGUCCGGGCCAGCGUGGAUCAAGGCGAAGGAAAACGUGUUGGACGAACGAGCCGAGCGCUCCGUGUUGGGAAACCGCUAUGACCGACUAUGUGCACACCAGGGAAGGUUUGAGAUGAGGCCUUGGAGGGAAGAGCACCGUAUAUACGACUGGUAG